AAGAGACUUCUCGAUCGCCAGUCGAUUGUGAAUGUUUGCAAAAAUGUGGUGUGUCACUUUCAUUUUAAAUUUAAUAGCGUUUUCUUACGCAUAUAUUAUCCAAACAUCUAACUUGACCGCUGCCGGCGGCAUUGUGGACGACAACAGCACGCGCAUAAUUGGAGGAACUCCUACAUCCGUGGAAAAGUAUCCGUUCGUUGUACAGAUCCUGUACGGCUCUCAGCUAGCGUGCGGGGGUUCGUUAAUAACUCAGUGGCACGUGCUCUCAGCCGCGCAUUGCUUCGUUGCCGAGAAUGGUCAACAAGUAAGCCCGGUCUACUACAGAAUCCGAAUAGGAUCUUCAUAUAUCAGUAAAGGCGGCCUACUGCGACAGUUGUCGCUGAUCGUGGUGCACGAGUCGUACAACAGUCCGGUGCGCGACAACGACGUGGCCGUGCUGAUGUUGUCGGCUUCCGUGCCGCUGUCGACGGCCGUGGGGCUGGCGACGUUGCCGACCGCGAAUGUCGUGGUGCCGGUCGGCACGCCCGUCAUUAUCCUGGGCUGGGGACGGACCAAUGUGUCAGUGGCGCAAGGCUCGACGGUGCUGAACGAGGUGCAAGUGUACACGGUGUCGCACGACACGUGCGCGGCGCGCUACGCCGUGCUGGAGGACGCCACUGGGAAUCCCUUCCCCGUCACUGACAACAUGAUCUGUGCGGGGAUGAUCGACGAGGGCGGUAAGGACGCGUGUCAAGGCGACAGCGGUGGGCCAGUGGUUGCGGGGGGCGUUGUGGUGGGGCUGACGUCCUGGGGAUGGGGUUGUGCAAAUCCGUUGUUCCCGGGAGUCAACACACGCGUGGCCUCGUACUUCAACUGGAUCAACUCCACCGUGUACGGCGUCGCCUACCCGCGGUCCAACGCCGCCGCCUCUCUUCACUUCAAUCUACUACUAUUACUAGCUUUUAGCAUUAUUGCAGUCCGCUAGUACCUCUGUCGGUGAGCGCGUCGUCGACGUAGAGGUCGGCCAUCAGGUCGGCGGCGGGCACGUCUCGAAGCAGCCGGCGACGCGCGGCGGGGGCCCCGGCAGGCGCGGGGGCCCCGGGGAGCGCUGGCGGGGGCUCGGGG